UUAAAAAAAUUUUCAGUAUUGUAUUUGACAUAGAAGUGUAUAGGACUGAAUUAUGUCUCAGUAUCCUGUUUGGUUUGAAUUAAAACUAGAGACCGAAAUGGUUAAAUUUACAAAAAUACCCUUAACUUCUAUUUGCAACCCUAACCCCAAACCCAAAUUCAAAUUUUCAGAAAUGUAAUUUGGGGCCUUAACCCACUCCAGCCAUAACCCACUCCAGACCUUUCUCGUAUCCUCUUCCCAAAUCCUCUGGAAAUCCCCAUCGCCGGCGGAAACGCUGAGGACUAGCGAACGACGACGUCAUGUCUAUCUCCAGCGGUUCACAACUGCGUCUUCAACCCUCUGAUGGUCCUGUCGUUGCUGUGGAUUGCGUGCUUCUGGGUCUGCGCCGCCACCAUCUUCAAGCAUCUCGUCUAUGAAUUUAGGUGUCUUCGUGAUUUAUGGCUGAAAAAUGCAGGAAGCUUGUUUCGGAUAAUGGAACAUCCAAGAGUAGAAAGUUUAAGAGCUGCACAUAUUGAGAAAGCAAAAAAGAAGCAAAUGAAAUCUGCACUGACUGAUGCAAAGUCACAGGGCAUGGCACAGUCAUUAGCAGAGAAGCAUGCAGAGAAAGAAGGCUCGGCGUGUGAUAGGUCCCAUGAUAUAUUCUGGAUGGGACUUCUUUGAGGUAGUGUACUAUGGUGGGAGUGAUGCAGAGGGUGCAAUUAGGGGAAGUGGCUCUUUGUUUGGUUCAUAUCUUGAUGGCUUCUUUGGCGAACAAAGGCUAAGCAGACUUGGUUUUCUAGUGUGAAGCCAAAUGGAAAGUUGGUUUGGUGGUAGAAUUGGCCUAAUGCUCUAUGAUACUGUGUAAUUUCUCUUUUAAAUUCUUGUCAAGGUUAGGAUAGAAGAUAUAAGGGGAAAGAUAAGUAUGAUAAGAAUUUGUUAGCAAUAAGAUUUUAUUUCUCAAGUCCUACUCCACUGAUGAUUAUGUAUUUAGCAAUGUUGGUGUAAUAAGAAAUUAUGAAGUGUUGGCGAUAAAAAUUUAUGAUGAUGAUGUGCUUUAUUUCUCAA